ACCCACCCCACCAGCACAAUGUUCGGAGCGAGUUACACUCACGUCCCUUCAAACUCGCUAUAUAUAUACGCGCCUAAACAAUUGCCCUCUGACCAUAACUCCCCCUCCCUCUUCCAUUUUCUUUGUUCCCAGAUCCAGCUUUCAUUCCAAUCCAUUCCUGAAAUGGAGACCUUCUUGUUCACCUCCGAGUCGGUGAAUGAAGGACACCCAGACAAGCUCUGUGACCAAGUCUCAGAUGCCAUUCUGGAUGCAUGCCUGGAGCAAGACCCAGACAGUAAGGUUGCCUGUGAAACAUGUUCAAAGACGAAUAUGGUGAUGGUUUUUGGAGAAAUCACAACAAAGGCGAAAGUUGACUAUGAGAAGAUAGUGCGUGACACUUGCCGGGGCAUUGGGUUUACCUCAGCUGACGUUGGUCUCGAUGCAGACAACUGUAAAGUCCUGGUAAACAUUGAGCAACAGAGCCCUGAUAUUGCCCAGGGUGUCCAUGGUCAUUUCACAAAGAAGCCUGAAGAUAUUGGGGCUGGUGAUCAGGGUCACAUGUUUGGUUAUGCUACCGAUGAGACACCUGAGCUCAUGCCACUAACCCAUGUGCUUGCUACCAAACUUGGUGCGAAACUCACGGAGGUAAGAAAGAACAAGACUUGCCCGUGGUUGAGACCCGACGGCAAGACCCAGGUCACAGUCGAGUAUAGGAACGAUAGCGGUGCUAUGGUCCCACUCAGGGUCCACACCAUCCUCAUAUCGACCCAACACGAUGAGAAUGUCACAAAUGAGCAGAUCGCCAUUGAUUUGAAAGAACAUGUGAUCAAGCCGGUGGUUCCCCGCCGAGUAUCUUGAUGACCAGACCAUCUUCCACCUCAACCCGUCAGGUCGGUUCGUCAUCGGCGGGCCCCACGGGGAUGCUGGGCUCACAGGUCGAAAGAUUAUCAUCGACACGUACGGCGGGUGGGGCGCGCAUGGUGGGGGAGCCUUCUCGGGGAAGGACCCUACCAAGGUGGACCGGAGCGGGGCCUACAUCGUAAGGCAGGCGGCAAAGAGUGUGGUGGCAUCGGGACUCGCCCGCCGCUGCCUCGUCCAGGUCUCUUAUGCUAUUGGGGUUGCUGAACCGCUAUCUGUGUUUGUCGACACGUACAAGACAGGGAAGAUUCCGGACAGGGAUAUAUUGGUUCUCAUUAAGGAGAACUUUGAUUUCAGGCCAGGGAUGAUCACGAUCAAUCUUGACCUGAAGAGAGGUGGCAACUUCCGGUACCAGAAAAACUGCAGCUUAUGGUCACUUUGGGCGAGAAGAUCCUGACUUCACCUGGGAGACUGUCAAGAUCCUUAAGCCCAAAGCUUGAAGUUCUUGAAAUGAUUAACCGUAUAAUUUUUCUGCAAAAGGGGUUUCCUGCAGCCAUCUCUUCUUCUGGUUGUUGAUUAAUAAGCACCACUCUUGGUUCAAAACGUUUUAUUAGUUACCUGAUCUUAAGAUUUCUUCUGAUCAGACGUUUUUUUCCAUUUUUAUUUUCUUUCAGGGGUUCUAAGUGUUUCUACUUUGAUUUGUAUCUCAUUAUACCAAAGAAAUUGGUGUGAUUCUGGGUGUGUUUUAUUUUAUUAGAUCCAAGAUUGUUGAAAUCAUUGUGUUUUUUGGUUACUUGUUGUGAACUACACCAUUCAUCAAUGUCAAAUAUGCAUUCGGCUGGAUAUAUCUUUCUGCUAUUAGUAUUCUCUCUUUGUUUCCUUUUUUGUUAUUUAAAACAUGAUCAUCAAUGGGAAUUGUGCAUCGGCUGGAUUUGUCUUUCUGCUGUUAGUACUCUCUUUGUUCCAUUUCUGUUACUUGAAAAAUGGUUCACAAUAUUCC